GGCACUGGAGCUGCCGGAAGCAGUUCCGCGGUGGCUGUCGGGAUCGUGGUGAUGUGGCCCCCCCGCUUUCCCUCUCCCCGCCCCGGGAUGUCGGAAGAAACCAGGCAGAGCAAAUUGGCUGCGGCCAAGAAAAAGCUGAGAGAAUAUCAGCAGAAGAACAGCCCUGGUGUUCCCACAGGGGCAAAGAAGAAGAAAAAGAUUAAAAAUGGCAGUAGUCCUGAGAGACCCUCUGCUGAUGAUUGUCAGUCACCUGAGGAUAUUCAGGACAUUCUGAAGGUGUUGGUGUCCGACCUUAACCGUUCCAAUGGGGUAGCGCUCCCCCCAUUGGACAAAAGGAAGGCGCCCACAGACCUCACUCCUCCUGUACCACCAACUGCCGAUGAUGACACUGUGUUUCUCGGUGUUGUCCCUUCCCCUGAUGCUGAGCUCACUAGCAUGGCGUCUCCGCAGAGCCACGAUGCUGACAGCUGCUCUAAUCUCAUGGAGGAGACGAACACUUUCUCAUCAACUGAGAGCCUGCGACAACCUUCUCAACAGCUCAAUGGUCUUGUGUCUGAGUCUACGUCCUACAUCAAUGGGGAGGGCCUCACAUCUUCUAGCAUGAAGGAUCUGGAGAGCCGGUACCAAGAGCUAGCAGUAGCCCUGGACUCCAGCUAUGUAACAAACAAACAACUCAGUAGCACGAUAGAGGAAUUGAAACAACAGAACCAAGACACUCUGGAUCAGCUGGAAAAGGAAAAGAAAGAUUAUGAGCAGAAAUUGGCAAAGGAGCAAGGAGCUCUAAGGGAACAGCUGCAGGUUCACAUUCAGACCAUAGGCAUCCUGGUGUCUGAGAAGGCAGAAUUACAAACAGCCCUGGCCCACACCCAGCAAGCAGCCAGGCAGAAAGCAGGAGAAUCUGAAGAUCUUGCCAAUCGCCUGCAGUCUUCCCGACAGCGUGUGGGAGAGCUCGAGCGGACUCUGUCUGCUGUGUCCACGCAGCAGAAACAGGUGGACAGGUGCAACAAGGACCUAAGCAAAGAGCGAGACACCCUCAAGCUGGAGUUGUACAAGAACAACAAAAAUAACGAGGACCUGAGGCAGCAGAACUCAGAACUGGAAGAGAAACUUCGAGUCCUAGUGGCAGAGAAGGCAGCUACGCAGUCUGGGGUGGAGGAGCUGCAGAAGAAGUUGGAGAUGUCUGAGCUCCUGCUGCAACAGUUCUCUAGCCAGUCUGAGGCCUCUGAUAGCAGCCAGCAAUUACAGCAUGCCAUGGAGGAGCGGGCACAGCUGGAGACCCAUGUGGGCCAGCUGAGGGAGUCACUGAAACAGCUCCAGAUAGAGAGAGACCAGUAUGCAGAGAGCCUCAAAGGGGAGAGUGCCAUGUGGCAGCAGAGGAUGCAGUGCAUGGCGGAGCAGGUGCACACAUUGAAGGAGGAAAAGGAGCAUAGAGAAAGUCAGGUCCAGGAGCUGGAGACCAGCUUGGCUGAACUCAGAAGCCAGAUGGAAGAGCCUCCUGCUCCAGAGCCUCCAGCAGGGCCCUCUGAGGUGGAAGAGUGGCUAAAGGCAGAGGUGGAGCGGCUGCAGAAGGAACUGGACAGCUUGACGGGACAGCUGCGUGCCCAGGUGCAGGACAACGAGAGUCUGAGCCACCUGAACCGGGAGCAGGAGGAACGACUGCUGCAGCUGGAGCGGGCAGCCGAGCGCUGGAGCGAGCAGGCAGAGGAGCGCAAGCAGAUCCUGGAGAGCAUGCAGAGCGACCGCACCACCAUCAGCAGAGCGCUCUCACAGAACCGAGAGCUCAAGGAGCAGCUAGCCGAGCUGCAGAACGGCUUUGUUAGGCUGACCAAUGAGAACAUGGAGAUUACCAGUGCACUGCAGUCAGAGCAGCAUGUCAAGAAAGAGCUGGCCAAGAAGCUGGGGCAGCUGCAGGAGAAGCUAGGAGAGCUGAAGGAGACGGUGGAGCUGAAGAGCCAAGAAGCUCGGGGUCUGCAGGAACAGCGAGAUCAGUGCCUGUCCCACCUGCAGCAGUACGCUGCCGCCUAUCAGCAGCACGUGGCUGCCUAUCAGCAACUGACCUCUGAGAAGGAGGCAUUGCACAAGCAGCUUCUGCUGCAAACGCAGCUCAUGGACCAAUUGCAGCAUGAGGAGGUGCAGGGCAAGAUGGCAGCUGAGAUCGCCCGCCAGGAGUUGCAGGAGGUCCAGGAGCGCCUGGAAGCUACCAGUCAGGAAAACCAGCAGCUCCAGGCCCAGCUGAGCCUCCUGGCUCUCCCUGGGGAAGGAGAAGAGGACCAUGAGGAGCUUGAUGAGGAAGCUCCCCGGCCCAGUCUGACCAUCCCAGAGGACCUAGACAGUCGAGAGGCCAUGGGGUCAGGCACCUGUCCAUCUGGGAACAAGUGUACUGCUGAGGUGGCAUUCUUUAAUACAGCUAUAGCCAGUGCUGAGGAAGAGCAGGCCCGGCUCCGUGGGCAGCUGAGGGAGCAGAAGGCACGUUGCCGGAGUCUGGCUCAUCUGGCAUCCCCAGCUCAGAGCAAGCUGGAGAAGGAGGCUGUGGCCCCCGGGAGUCCAGGUGACUCUGUGUCUGGGGAGAGCCACCAGGCCCUAGAGGUAGCCAUGGAGAAGCUGCAGAGCCGCUUCCUGGAGGUCAUGCAGGAGAAAGUAGAGCUCAAAGAGCGGGUGGAGGAACUUGAACAUUGCUGUAUCCAACUCUCUGGAGAGACAGACACCAUUGGAGAGUACAUUGCCCUCUACCAAAACCAGAGGGCAGUGCUAAAGGCGCGGCACCUGGAGAAGGAGGAGUACAUCAGCCGACUGGCCCAGGACAAGGAGGAGAUGAAGAUAAAGCUGCUGGAGCUGCAGGAGCUGGUGUUGAGGCUUGUGAACGAGCGCAAUGAAUGGCAGGGCAAGUUCCUCGCAGUUGCUCAGAACCCUGUCGAUGUGCCUACCCCAGAGCCUGCAGGCACUCAGGAAUUUGGAGCUGCUGACCAGCAAGGUGAUCUCAGGGAGGUAAGCCUUGCUGACAAUGUGGACCCUGCACAAGGAGAAGCUGGGGCACCCACUCCCCUUGAGAACCCUACUGCACAGCAGAUCAUGCAGCUGCUCCGUGAGAUUCAGAACCCCCGGGAACGGCCAGGCCUGGGCAGCAACCCCUGCAUCCCCUUUUUCUACCGUGCUGAUGAGAAUGACGAAGUGAAGAUCAUGGUUGUCUAAAAGACUGAUGCCAAAGCCUCGAGAAGGGCAGCCAAAGGUUCUGCCCCAACCCAGUCCCUUCUCAGUCAUCUUUUUUAUCCUUAUGGUAGCAAGACCCAGACCCCCUCGGGGUUGAGGAGGCAGCUCAGUUGGCACAGGGCUUGCCUAGCAUGCACAAAACCCUGAGUUUGAUCCCUAGCACCUCUUGAACUGGGAUUACACCUGUAAUCCCAGCACUUGGGAGGUGGAGGCAAAGAGAAUCAGAAGUUCAAGGUCAUCCUCAUCUACCUAGUAAGGCCAGCCUGGACUACAAGAGACUGAAAAAACAAAGGAUCAGACCCUCCUAUCUUAAUGGCAGAUACAAAUAGGUAUGUAUAGGUCCUUUGCCAUCUUGACCAGGGCUGCUUUACUUUCUAAACUCCUGUUAGAGAACAAGAGCAGAGAAUCGGUGAUUGAACAGCCUGCUUCUCUGGAUGAACAGAACCCCCGGUGGCUUUCUCACCAAGCUGUUUUUCAUCUGGAGGGCCUCAAUCCCUGCUCAAGGCACUCAGGCAGAACAGCUGGGCAGCCCUCAGGCCAGCUGCAGCUCAGGCUGGCACUGGCAUGUUUGCAAUCAGUGGGACUCCUAACUUUCUAUCCAUCUCUCCUCCCAUUUGCUUUUUUCUUGAGAUAGGGUUUCCUGUGUCCCAGGCUGGCCUUCAACUCACUACAAUUUGAGCUUCCACUUCUCCUGCCUCACUGUAUACCAUGCCCAGUUUCAUGCACUGCUAGGCAAGCGCUCUACCAACUGAUUUACAUCCCCAGCACUACUACCUUUUUCUUUUCUGUGGUGAUGCUGGGGAUGGAACCCAGGGCCCCGCACAUCCCCAGACUGACGCCCAUCUUCUUAGAGGCACUUUAGGGCAGUGGGACUGGGCAGCAUUUUUAUGGGUCCCUAGGCUAACCGUAGGCCAGGUAGGCAUCCUACUCAGGAGGGCUUCCAUCUUAGAGGCACUUUGGGCAGGGCAGGGCAGGGCAGUGGGUACCAUUCUCUCAGGCCUUAUGAUAAUGUGGGUAACUGUAUGCCAGGCAGGGCAGAGGCUGUUGGGGGGUGGGCUUCCCCUCCCCCGGUGUACAUAUUGUACCUGUGUACCAUUUUGUAUAUUCCGGGGUAGGGACACCCCCUGUAUCAUAGUGGAGGUUGGAGCUGGCAAGUGGGGAGGAGGUUCUAAUAAUUAUUUGGGGCUGGGAAAUUUAUUUAUUGGUAGAACAGGACAGAGGAAGGGAGGCAAAGACGGGGUGGUAGCACCCUGCUGAUGCGGCUCCUCUUUAUUUUGCUUUUUACUUGUGAAUAAAUGGAUUUAGCCAUACUGCUGGGCCUUGGGUGUUG